AGGAUGUCUCGGGCUGUUCAUCUUCCAGUUCCCUGUCCUGUUCAACUUGGUUCCUUAAGAAAUGACUCCUUGGAAGCUCAACUUCAUGAAUAUGUCAAACAAGGGAACUAUAUGAAAGUGAAGAAGAUUCUUAAGAAAGGGAUUUAUGUUGAUGCAGUUAAUUCUCUUGGACAGACUGCGCUUUUUGUUGCAGCAUUAUUAGGUCUUACGAAAUUAGUUGAUGUUCUGGUGGAUUAUGGAUCUGAUCCAAAUCACCGCUGCUUUGAUGGAAGUACUCCUGUUCACGCAGCAGCAUUUUCAGGCAAUCAGUGGAUCCUCAGCAAACUGCUGGAUGCAGGGGGUGAUCUUCGACUCCAUGAUGAGAAGGGUCGAAACCCGCAGACUUGGGCUCUGACAUCUGGGAAGGAGCGCAGCACCGCGAUGGUGGAGUUCAUGCAGCGCUGUGCCUCGCACAUGCAAGCCAUCAUACAGGGUUUCUCCUGUGACCUCCUGAAGAAGAUCGACUCCCCGCAGCGGCUCAUCUGCGGCCCGCCCCGGUUUGGUGGUCUCAUACAGGGAAACCCUAAUGGCUCUCCUAAUCGACUGCUUAAAGCUGGAGUCAUUUCUGCACAGAAUAUCUACAGCUUUGGCUUUGGGAAGGCUGUGCUCUGCUUUCAGUUUUAUCUCACAGGGGGAGCACAGCUGGCCUACCUAGGAUCUCUCCCAGUAAUUGGAGAAAAGGAAGUGAUUCAAGCUGAUGAUGAGCCUACUUUCUCUUUCUUCAGUGGCCCCUACAUGGUCAUGACCAACCUGGUGUGGAAUGGGAGCAGGGUCACAGUGAAGGAGCUGAAUCUCCCCACCCACCCUCACUGCAGCAGGCUUAGGCUGGCUGACUUGUUAAUUGCGGAGCAGGAGCAUAGCAGCAAGCUCCGACACCCCCACCUGCUGCAGCUGAUGGCCGUGUGCCUGUCCCAGGACCUGGAGAAGACCCGCCUUGUGUAUGAGCGCGUCACGGUCGGCACACUGUUCAGUGUCCUCCAUGAACGGCGCGCCCAGUUCCCCGUGCUGCACAUGGAGGUGAUCGUGCACCUGCUGCUCCAGAUUUCUGACGCCCUGAGAUACUUGCAUUCCCGGGGCUUUAUCCACCGCUCCCUCAGCUCCUACGCCAUCCACAUCGUUUCCACAGGAGAAGCAAGGCUCACCAACCUGGAGUAUAUGAUGGAAAGCCAAGAUGGACGUAUACACAAGGACCUGACUGGAGUGCCCCUCCCGACCCAGCUGUACAACUGGGCUGCCCCAGAGGUGAUCUUACAGAAGGCAGCCACAGUGAAAUCGGAUGUUUACAGCUUUUCUAUGAUCAUACAGGAGAUUUUAACAGAUAACAUACCCUGGAAUGAUUUAGAUGGCUCAGUUAUCAAAGAAGCCAUAGUCUUGGGAAAUUAUUUAGAAGCUGACGUCAGGCUUCCAAAACCUUACUACGAUAUUGUUAAGUCAGGCAUCCAGGUCAAGCAGAAAAACCGAACUAUGAACCUUCAAGAUAUCCGGUACCUUCUGAAGAAUGACUUAAAGGAUUUUCUUGGAACCCAGAGAACUCCGCCAACUGAGAGCCCCACGGUGCAGAGAUACGAACUCCAUCCUGAUGUCAAUGUCUAUCUAGGACUGACCUCAGAUCAUCUGAAAGAGACCCCUAACUUGGAAAUAAAAGAGCUGAAAGAAACGGGUAGUCGGCUUCAUUCACCCAGGGGUCCCCCUUCUCCCCCCGAGAAAGCAACACCAGAUCCUCAGGUCCUAGAUCCAAGUAUGAUGACCAAGGAGAUUCAGAAUCAAGACACUGCUUCUCCUGCUGGCCCGGUGGCAGAAGAGGCUAGGAGCCCCAGCCCAGGUCAGGCAAGCCUCUGUAGCUUUGAAAUCAAUGAAAUCUACUCAGGCUGUCUGGACAGGGGAGAUGGCAAAGAGGAGCCCCCAGAAGCGGGUUCAUCCUUUGAGGGGACUGGACCAAGCCAGGCAGAUGAACUAAAGUCCAUGGAAGGAGAGCUGGAAAUUAUGGAGAGAGAGGCAUGCUGUUUUUGUGAUGAGGACGAGAGCUCUUCAGGAGCUAGCACAGAGCUCUCCUUUGAGGAUUGGGAUUGGCAAAAUGGUUCUCUUAGUUCACCCAGCCUGCCUGAGUCAACCAGAGGAGCCAAGGACCACAUGAGCAAUAGGUGUGUGACCGAGGAGUACAUCAGUAAGUGUGUGCUGAAUCUGAAGAUUUCACAGACAUUAAUGCACCAGAAUGCCGAUUUGCUCAGGAAUAUCCAACAGAAAAUCGAUAAACUUGAGAUGAUACAGAAGGAGCAGGAGGAGUGCAGGUCUUUGUGGGCUUCUUCAAGAGAGUUCGUGAACAUCUAUGACUCCCCUUCAGCCUUGGGCCCCCCAGCUUCCAGUUAUAUACCGCCUGUCAUACAGCUGCCAGGGGGCCAGCAGCUGGACACCAGUGGCAAUUGCGUAACCCUGACAAGGUCUUCCAUACUACCAACUUUUUGUGGACCUGAAAAACAGAGCACAAGUGAACAAUCACAGCCCACUCAAGGAGCCAAGCACAGUCUGGAAAGAAACAGGAGCCCAAAUACCAGCAGCCAAGGAAGACCUAAAGAGUGCAGUGCCCAAACCAGGCUGACUCAGCUUAGUAGUGCACUUGUCACUGUGUCAAGGCACCCUAAGGGCCCUGCUGUGUCAUCCAGCCCUAGCCAGGGCUCUACUAGGAUCAGUAUGGAGUCUGUAUCUUCUGAAAUCUGUAAUGCAAAGUCAAGAAAUAAUGAAGAUGAUGGAGAGGUACACUUAAAGUGGAAAAUGGAGGUGAAAGAAAUGGCAGAGAGAGUGGCUACUGGGCAGCUGGCGGUACCACCUUGGCAUCCUCAGAGUAGUGUGUCUUUAGAGGAUGAGGCUAAAAAUGAGCCUGAUCUCCUGCUGCAGCCCCUGCUGAGGGACCCUGAGAAAGUGGGCUGGCAGUGCACUGUAGAGUAUCCCAGGAAAAAUGAAGAGUCCGGAGGAAAUGGCAAGUGCGACAAAAUGGACAACAGUGACUGUGACAGUAACCAGCACGGCAGACAGCAUGGGCCUCAAAGCUUUACCAAUAUCAGGCACCUGUCUCCUAGAAAAAAUGAGCAGCCAGAGCAUAGUGAAGCCUUUCAAGCAAGAUCUGAUGCACCUGUGGUCAUUGAGAAAUCUUACAGCGAUCAGUCCGUGCGAUCAACUUGUUCACCAGAAUCUUCUGAGGACAUAACAGAUGAAUUUUUAACUCCAGACCAUGAAUAUUUUUAUUCCUCGACUGCUCAAGAAAACUUAGCUCUAGAGACCUCAAGUCCCAUAGAAGAGGAUUUUGAAAGAGUACGAGAUGCAUUUGCCCAACCUCUGAGCUCUGGUGAAGAAAAGUUCCAAAUGAGAAAAAGACCUGGAAGGAAUGCUGAGAUUUUGGCCAGGUCUCAAUUCCAACCCAUACGAAGUUCUGAAGGUGAACAAGAGGAGACAUUAAAGGAAUCACCAGAGCAGCUGAAAGAGAAAGACAUAUCCCUGACAGACAUUCAAGACCUCUCCAGUAUCUCCUACGAGCAAGGUGGUUCUUUUAAGGAAGUCUCAUGCAAAACACCCAGAAUAAACCACGCACCUACAAGUGUCAGCACUCCGCUCAGCCCAGGGUCAAGUUCUUCAGCUGCCAGCCAGUAUAAAGACUGCCUUGAAAGUAUCACGUUUCAGAUUAAAACAGGGUCUACCUCAUGCUGGAACAGUCAGGAAUCUAUUCAGACUUCAUCUGAUACAUUUUCAACAGUUCGAGAGAAAGCAAAGAGCCUAGAUUCCUUUCUUACUUCCUCUGAAACUGUCCCUUCAAGAUUGACUGAUCUUAAAAGAUUGUCUGCAUUUACUGGGGCUGGUUCCUCCAGCAUUGCUAAGUCACCUGACAUAUCAUCCCAUGCCACCCAGAGAAGGAGCCUGCCGAAAGUAGAAGCCAUUUCACAGCGUCACAUUGAUGAGCUACCACCACCAUCUCAGGAGCUGCUUGACGAAAUUGAGCACUUGAAGAAGCAGCAGGCCUCAUCCACAGUGUUGGGGGAGAACUCAGCAAGUCAUCUAGGCAUCACUGCAAAAGAUCAAAGGCACUUAGAAGAACAAGAAACUAACUGUGAAAAAGAAGAUAGCAGUAUGCUUUGGACCAAAGAAACUCAGGAUCUAGAAGAGGACACAGAGAGAGCUCACUCUACUCUCGAUGAGGACCUGGAAAGAUGGCUACAGCCUCCCGAGGACAGCACGGAUCUACAAGAUCUCCCUGAAGGCUCUACAAGGGAGGAAAAUAUUAAGGAUCAAGAAGCUGGUGAAAAGGAAAAAAAAGGAGAAGAAAGGAUCAAAUCAGAGAGAAGGAAAUCGGACAGCUUUUUAGGAACUUCUGAAGAAGAGGAACUAAAACCCUGUUUUUGGAAGCGACUGGGUUGGUCUGAACCAUCCAGGAUAAUCGUGCUGGAUCAGAGUGACUUGUCAGACUGA